AUGGACCGGAAUGGAAGGCGAUCAGAGUCAUUGGAGUCCGACGAGGAACUGAACGGGCUGAACUUCGAGGACCCGCCUAGGGUUGAGAACUAUGAAUUCAAAUUGGAGGACAAGGCUGAUGAGAUUUCAUUGCGAUAUGGUGAGGAGAAAAAGAGCGAAUCAAGCAAGAAGGCCAAGUCUGAAUCGGAGUCGGAAAAGGAGGAUUUGAGGUCGAGGAAGAGGAAGAAGGGUUUGAGUUCUAAGCUUAGGGGUAGGAAUUCCAAGUAUAGUGAUAGCGAGUCGAAGAGCAAAAGCGAUGAUGAAUUCGAAUCUGAUGAAGAAGAUGAUUGCAGACUGAAAAAGAAGUCUAGAAAUAGGAGCAAGAGCAAAAGAGAAAUGAGAAGAAGAAGGAAGAGUAGGCAUAGCAGUAGCGAUUAUGAUGAGAGCGAAGAAAAUGAAAGCCAGGGUUCAAAUUCAAAUUCAGAGGAUCGCUUGAGAUCGAAGAAGAAGAAGAACCGAAAGUCCCCUAGCCGAAGUAAGACAAAGAAAGAGUCCAAAACUGAUAGGGAGAGUUUCGAGUUGGGGAAGGCUUUGGAUUCUGACCUUGAUGCCAAGCAUGUUACUAUAGUGGAAAAUGAGGUGAUAAAGGAUGAGAGUAAUGUGCAGGCAUUGAAGCUGAAAGGGAUUUUCGAGGCCCAGAAGAAGCCUGCAUUGGACAAUGAGCCUGUGGUCAGGGCAAUGCCAUUGCCCAGAACUGAAGGGCAUAUUAACAUCCUGACCCAAUUUUUAAUUAAUUAA